UAAACAACAAUAAGGAAGUGGAUUGAGAGGUCCCGAGGUGCUAAAAAAAAAGCAAAACAUGCAGCGGUCACGCUAAAAAAUCACAUCACGCGUGAUUUCUGAUCGGCGUGUGCACGUCAGGAUUAUUAUGCAAUAGUUUUGAACCCUUCAGCAAGCGACAUUAGCGAUGGAGGGCUCCAAGUCGUCGAGCACGACCAUGCAGGUGAGCUUCGUGUGUCAGCGCUGCUGCCAGCCUCUGAAGCUGGACACCUCCUUCAACGUGCUCGACCGGGUCACGAUCCAGGAGCUGAUCGCUCCGUUGGUCACGGUGACCCCCAGCAAACAGGCUGACAGCACGGAGGGGGAGACAGCACCAGAGGAGCCCUUUGUAGAAAACAAGCAAGAUGGGGUGUCAAGAAAAUACAUCCCUCCUGCACGGAUGAUGUCCACAGAGAGCGCCAACAGCUUCACGCUGAUUGGAGAAGCAUCCGACGGCGGCACCAUGGAAAAUCUUAGUCGUAGGCUGAAGGUGACCAGCGACCUGUUUGACAUCAUGUCAGGCCAGACAGAUGUGGACCACCCGCUGUGUGAGGAAUGUACUGACACCCUGCUGGACCACCUGGACACACAGCUCAACAUCACGGAGAACGAAUGCCAGAAUUACAAGCAGUGUCUGGAGCUGCUGUCACACCUGCAGGUGGAGGAAGAGGAGACUCUGCUGGCAGAGCUGCAGCAGCUGAAGGAGGAGGAGGAGGCUUUGGUUCAAGAGCUGGAGGCAGUGGAGGAGCAGAGGGCCGCUGUGGCCCAGGACCUGACCCAGAGCAGGAUCCACUCUCAGCAGCUGGACACAGAGGAGCUACAGUACCAAAAGGAGUACAGCGAGUUUAAACGGCAACAGCUGGAGCUGGACGACGAGCUGAAGAGCGUCGACAACCAGAUGCGAUACUGCCAGAUUCAGCUGGAUCGCCUGAAGAAGACCAACGUCUUCAAUGCUACAUUUCACAUCUGGCACAGCGGACAGUUUGGUACCAUCAACAACUUCCGUCUGGGUCGACUGCCCAGCGUCCCCGUGGAGUGGAACGAGAUCAACGCAGCCUGGGGGCAGACUGUGCUGCUGCUGCACGCUCUGGCCAAUAAGAUGGGGCUGCGCUUCCAGAGAUAUCGUCUUGUCCCAUACGGAAACCACUCAUACUUGGAGUCACUGACGGACAAGUCCAAGGAGCUUCCUUUGUACUGCUCCGGUGGCCUGAGGUUCUUCUGGGACAAUAAAUUCGACCACGCCAUGGUGGCCUUUCUUGACUGCGUCCAGCAGUUCAAAGAAGAGGUGGAAAAAGGAGACACCGGCUUCUGCCUUCCAUACAGGAUGGAUGUGGAGAAGGGCAAGAUCGAGGACACGGGAGGCAGCGGUGGCUCCUACUCCAUCAAAACACAGUUCAACUCCGAGGAGCAGUGGACCAAGGCGCUCAAGUUUAUGCUCACAAACCUGAAGUGGGGACUCGCCUGGGUCACCUCACAGUUCUACAACAGAUAAACCUGCUGGACUUUGCCUCAUACUGAGUUUUGGAUGAGAAAUGGAGUUCGUGUGGCGCUCGGGCCAAAGGAAAAGAAAUAGUUAUAUCUGCACCGUUUUGUCCUUUUUUAGGACUUUCAGUACAAAAAAAAACAAAACAUGGAGCAAUGUCUAUCUUCAGUCUGGAUUGCGUUUUUACUUAGAGAUAAAUUGUGGGCCCACUGUGGAAGCACUGAAGACAGGCACAAGUUGUAGUCACGUCCCUCAAAGCACGCAGGAGUAGAUAACAACACGAGUAUUACUUUAUUUUUAAUCAUCCGCUUCUCUAAUUAAUAUCUUUUUGGCUUUUUCUGAAAAGCUGACGUCGCAUUAAGACGUCACCGUCCUCACACUAGAAUGUACAUUAAAAGAAAUCUUCGUUAAAUUCACUUCUGAUCACUUUAUCAGCUUCGUGUUGUCCUUGCUUGCCUCCGUUGCACCCCCCUCCCCUUUGAAAUCACUGUGAGAGAAUGUUUUUUGGGUCACAGUUUAGUAUUUAACAGGAGUGUGUCAGUAUUUCUUUAACUUUGAAUCCAGUUAUCAUACUUUACAUGUACAACUGUUGUAUUUAGAGGUACAGUGAUACAGCUUCGUGUUCAUAUUCUGCACCAUCACCUGAAUUUGUCUGUUAGAAGGAUUUUUUAAAUGGAGGGAUUUGAGUUAAUAAACGUUUCAUGCUGUGAAAAAAAAACAUUGUGGAGAUUCUGCUUACAAUAAAUGAAAUAAGACACCACAGUUAACCAAAUGUUUUUUUAAUGUUUCAUAAUAUUUCUGUUGAAUCUUAACUCUCAUCACAACAGUCACUCAUAGUCAGCCCCCCUAUAAGGUUAACAAAAACAGAGGGGAAAAUCUUCAUGGAAAAAUAUGGACUUAACAAUUAAAAUAAUAAGCUGACUUUCCAGUUAUCCAGUAAAAUAUUUAAAAUAGCUCAAAACGGGUUACUCUUUCCAGAAUCAGCCCUCUUCUGUGUCAAACCUCAACCUUAAACUUUGGUCAUCGUUCCUUAUUACAUGUAGGAGCCCUUCCUUAAAGUCCCAGGUUCACACCUUACAGGGAUACAUAUGUGAAAGUGACCACUCUAGUUCGGAAAAAUAGUUUGAUAGAUGAUGCAUUUCAAGCAGAAUGUGAUGAAAUUUCAUUAAUUCUUCUUCUAAACCUCCCACAAAGCACAGGCGGGUGAUCUGCCACACAUGGCGUACUUCUGCUUGUCGGUUGUGCAAUUUUUUUUCGGGUGCUUCUACUAGUUAUCAUGU